CGAAAGCUCAUCUUAGCAACAAUGGACAAGGAAGAGAGCUCAUCAAAAACUCCUUCAUCUCAUCAAGAAAAACCUUGUAAUCCAACAACCUCAUCAGUACAACCUCUUGAAAAUGGAGAUGAGAGAUCAACAAGAUCAGGCAUGGUCAUCAAUAAGCAAGUAAGAAGGUAUCUUGGAGUUAGGCAAAGACCAUCAGGGAGAUGGGUUGCCGAAAUCAAAGACUCAUCGCAGAAGCUGAGGCUAUGGUUAGGGACUUUCGAUGCAGCAGAAGAGGCUGCCAUGGCUUAUGACAGUGCAGCUAGGCUUCUAAGAGGAAGAAACGCAAAGACCAACUUUCCUUACCAUGGAAACACCAUCGAUUCCCACCAAGAAAAUUGCAGGUUACUAGGAAAAAAUCCAAAGUUAUAUCAACUUCUUCAACAUGCAGUUAUGAAGAACCAUGCAAGAUCAUCUUCAGCAGCAGCAGCAGUAGCAGUAGCAGCAUCUAAUAAAAUUCCAUGGUUAGAUCAAAAUUUUGAGACGAUGGUGGAAGAAACUAUAGUUUGUUCUUCAUAUUCAGAUCAUCAUCAAUUGGAUGGGAAUAACGAGCUUUGUGGGCUAUCAUUUGGCAGUUCUAAAGUUUAUUCUUCUGUUGUUGUUGCUCCUUCUUUUAGUUUGAGCUUCUUGGAGCUUUUGAAGCCUACCCAUGGUUAUCGUGUGAACGACAUUGCACUCCUGCAUGAAGGAGCUUUUGUAGAUCUGGGUCAGUUUUCUGGCUUGCUGGCUAGGUUUUUCUGA